AUGCGAGUGAAAAUCGACGGUCGACAGUUACACCAUCUUCGCUUUGCUUAUAACAUCGUCCUUAUGACAUCAAACAUUAGCCAAGCAGGACGUGUGUUUGACGACUUUGAUAAAGUCUGUGGAAAGAUCGGUCUUCGACUAAAUCUCACAGAAACGAUGUUCAUGAAGAACGGAUUGGUUUCGCAUGCCCCAUUCACGCUCAACGGAACGAUUGUCUCCGAAUGCUCCAGUUAUGUCUAUCUAGGUCGGGAAAUCAAUAUGAUGAACGACCUAGCUCCAGAGCUGAGCACAAGAAAACGAGCGGCUCGUGGAGCUUUCAAGAGUAAACCAAAGUAA